UCUCUCUCUCGCUUUCUGUGGAAAUACAUCGGGAAUUUAUGAUAUCUAGUUGUUUGUAGGAUGGGCCCUAUGAAAUGCUAAGAGUGUGAAUAUUUUAGUAGUCGGUGUUGGGGAUCAGGGAAUAGUAAAUGAGUGUAUUUCGGUACAGGACUGAAGAGGGAAUCGAGGCGAUAUGUUAUCUUAGAGGUUCUUGAACUGAGGAGGUUGGAAGAACUCCCCCUGAUGCCUCGCCACCUUUACUAUGAGAAAUUUUUCCCUAGAUGAUGAACCUCUUGGGGAUGUCAACGUAUACAUCAGCCCUGUCACAACACCAACUUCAACCGUAGAUGAAGAGAAAUGUCUCGUACGCAUCUCUCUCAAAUCUACAGAGUCGAAUAUCAGGGACGUAUGGAACUACAUUGUUCAAAAUUUACCAUAUCUUAUGAUAGUGAUAAGUUUAAUUCAAGCAAUAAUAUAUUUCGAAUGUAACGCUGACAUCCGUAAGAUAUUGAGGUAUGAUCCUGAUAAGAAAUAUGAGAUUUGGAGGUACCUGACGUACAUGCUGAUUCACGAAGAUGUCGUCCAUCUCGUGUUGAACCUAUUUCUCCAAUGCACUUUUGCCUUUUUUCUGGAAACCAAGCAAGGAAGACUGAAAGUAGGAAUAUUAUAUUUAGCAGGGGGCGCCACUGGCGUUCUAGGUGCAUCUUGCAUAAAUCCUGGAAUUCUGAUAGGAGCUUCAGCAGGAGUUUAUUCGUUACUUAUUUCUCUAGUGGCCGAUCUGUACUUGAAUUACGAGAAUAUAAAAUACAAGACAUACCGAGGUAUAUGCAUUAGUGUUAUGGUCCUAUCGGAUAUUACCUUCAACCUCUACCAUUUCUGGUCUAGGGAAGAACCCUUAAUAUCCUGGGAGGCUCACCUUUUUGGCGGACUUUCAGGACUCAUACUUGGCCUCGCUCUCUACACAAACAGCGAAGGUCUUCAGCAAGGAAGAAAAAAUAUUUGUAUGACUUUUAGCUCACUUUUGUACUUUCUGAUAUUUACAACCCUUGUGAUAAUCACUAUAGAUUCAGGAACCUUAAACUGUGCAACAAAAAUGAAAACGUAAUGAAAUGUUGCAUGAAUGUUUUUUUACCAUAGUUUUACUAUACUCAUUUUAUACUGAAUUGUAAGAAUUUAUACAAUUUUUUAGACGAAUUGUAACGAAUUUGAUUAAAUUUGUAAGAACAA